AUGCAUAUACGUGUACACACUCCCAUCUCUACAACUAUUCGACUUGCAUCAACAGAAACCACUUUACACUUGUAUUCACAUCGCCUGCAAUUUUUCUUCCUUUCUUUUUUCUUUUUCUUUCUUUUACCCAAACUUACUUUCCACCAUUUUGUUUUCAAUUCUUUCCGCCAUCUUCCGUUUCGCUUUUAUUCGCCUAUCUGGACCUGCGUGAUACAUGCGUUCCAGCGUUCGUUCUUAUUUUUUUCAUUCCUUCUUUUCUACGGUAUUCUUUCUUUCGUAUUUCUUCCUUUUUUCCUUCUUUCGUUCUGUCUUUCUUUUAUCUUUCUUUCUUCGUUCUUUCUUUCUUUUCUUUCUUCUUUUUUCUUUAUUCUUUCUUCGUUUCUUUCCUCUUUCUUUCAUUCUUUCUUUAUGCCACCUUUCUUUCUUCGUUCUUUCUUUCUUUCUUCUAUCUUUCGUUCUUUCUUUCUUCUUUUUUUCUUUUUUCUUUGCUUUUUCUUACUUUUUUAUUUCAAUGAUCCAUUCUUUCAUUUCUUUCUUUCUUCGUCCUUUCUUUCGUCUUUCUUUCUUUUUCUUCUUUCUUUCUUUCGUUCUUCUUUUUUCUUUCUUCGUUCUUUCUUUCUUUCAUUCUUUUUUCUAGCAUUCGUUUUUUUCUUUCAUCCUUUUUCUUUCUUCGUUCUUUCUUUCGUCUUUCUUUUUCUUCUUUCUUUCUUCAUUUUUCUUUCUUCGUUCUUUCUUUCUUUCGCCUUUCUUUUAUUUCUCUUAGCUUUCUUUCCUUUUUUCUUAUUUUUACGUCUUUAUUUCAAUGAUCCAAUCUUUCAUUUCUUUCUUUCUUUCUUUCUUUCAAUAUACACGUUCUUACCCUUCUUACAUGACUCUUUUCUCAAUAUCUUCCCUAAUAAAUCAUUUCUUUAUUUUCGCUCCCCCCUCUCUCUCUCUCUCUCUCCUCUCUCUCUUCUCUAUUCUCUCUUUGGCAUCAUUCAGUCUUCUACUCAUUCAAUGAACUCUUCACUUCCGCCAUCGUUCUCACUUCCGUUCGGCCGACCCUUUACAUCCGGGACAAUGGAUCAUUUACUGACAUUAAACCAUCGCAUUGGUCACUCUGUGACAAUAGAUGUCAAUCAAGUUGCAUGGUUGCCAAAGAGAAUCAGUAUGUCCAUAUCUAUCUAUCUAUCUAUCUAUCUAUCUAUCUAUCUAUCUAUCUAUCCCUGUCUGUUAAUUAUCUAUCUAUCUAUCUAUCUAUCUAUCUAUCUAUCCCGGUCUGUUAUCUAUCUAUCUAUCUAUCUAUCUAUCUAUCUAUAUGUUAAUAAUCUAUCUAUCUAUCUAUCUAUCUAUCUAUCUAUCUAUCUAUCCCUGUCUGUUAAUUAUCUAUCUAUCUAUCCCUGUCUGCUAUCCAUCUAUCUAUCUAUUCCUCUCACUUUAUUAUCUAUCUAG